AUAGCCGGAGACGAGAGACGUGGAAAAUUCUAGAAACUUCCGGCAAGAAACUGUCAAGGGACUGAUGUGCUUCUCGUCGAACUAUUGCGAAUCUUCUGAGAACGUGCGCCUGUGGAAGUCAAGAAACUCAGAACUCACGUCCUGGUAGUUCUAGAAACCUCCAGAAUUACCAGACACACGGAGCUCAUAUACUCACUGAUCCUCGGCCUCGGCGUAUCGACAGAGCAAAGGGCAUCGGCCUCCCGCAGGCGACUCGGAGGAACAUUGAUUUGAGGCUGGAGCUCGCUUCCGUUUCGAGAGCUGUGGUGGCACAUUGGUGUUGUCCAUUCGCAUCGGAAUCUUGAUGGUUGUGUACUUCGGGAUUCGUAAUUCACGGCGACCAGGAGUACUCGAGCAGGACGAGAUUAGACGCCAAUUGCCAUCUGUCCAUGUAACUGACGCUGAACCGAACAGAUUCCCGAUCGAGAAGUUGAUAUCACUCUACAGCUGGUGAAAUCAAGAGGUCACUCGUCACGCGUUCAGAUUCCGAUCGGAUUCCACUAGGGCUUGGACAGGGCAGUUAUAGCUGACGAGGCGGUUGAGAACUCGAAGGUCUGACCAAGAGCUCGCGUGAUCGGUUUUGCACAUUUCCAUCUUCGUUCGUCUGAGUCGACAAAGAUAGAUCCGUACACAGCAAGAGUUAUAUACGCAAUGGCUGGCUCGCCAUUUCUACAUCGGGCAGCUCAUCAGCUGAUGGACAGGUUCGAUCCGAUAAUCGGUCAUGUACUGGAUCCGUUCGAGAACUUUUCUUUGCGAGACAAGGAGUGCGCUCCUUCUCGGCAGUACGUCAAGGACGCGAACGCCGCCGCCAACACGCAAGUUGACUGGUUGGAGACUACGGAAGCACAUAUAUUCAAAGCAGAUCUGCCAGGUUUAAUGCGCGAGGACGUGAGAGUGAAGAUAGAGGAUGGUCAAACCUUAGAAAUCAGUGGAGAACGAAAAAAGGAGGAAGUCCAGAAGACCGACACUUGGCAUCGGGUGGAGCGAACCCGCGGAACCUUUCUGCGCAGAUUUCGGCUGCCGGAAAAUAUUGACACAGAAAAUGUGAAGGCCCAGGUCGAAAACGGAGUGUUGACAAUCACUUUGCCCAAGAUUCUUGCUCCCAAGACUCAAGUCCGAACUAUCGAGGUCCAGUGAAUUCUGCAUCAACCCCGGAAGACUCAGUGCUGACGAACAGCCGAGCCUGAAACUUUGAACAAUUUUGUUUUCUCAAUGAAACUUCAUCAAAUUUCUUGAUGAAGAGUUAUCCCCACAGAAUCUUAGAAGCGAUGAGAAUCCGCAAUACAAACCCAAAAUAUUGACAAAUCACUCUGUCUGUGUCAGCUUUCGAUUUG